AUGUCUUCUGGCCAAGACAAAUGUUGCAAACUGUAUAUCGGUGGUUUAGUAGAAAAUGUACUGAAAGAUGAUUUAGUGCGUGAAUUGUCUAAGUUUGGAGAGUUAGUUGAUGUCUGGGUCGCCAGAAACCCACCGGGUUUUGCCUUCGCUGAAUAUGUAAAGUCAUCUGACGCUGAGAAAGCAGUUAGAUCUCUUGAUGGUGUCAAUGUAUGCGGCUCCAGAAUCCGAGUAGAAUUCGCUCACGGAAAAAUUCGUCCGAAAUUCGCUGGUGGACCAGGUUUCCGUGGUGGUCGGCCAAGUGGAAGAGGUUUAUGA